GGCCGAGGAGGGGCCGAGCCGCGGGGGAUCCUGGACUCGCAGGGAGGGGGACUCGGGGAGGAAACGCGCGUCCCCGGCCCCGCCGGCGGCUCCCUCCGCCCCGCACCCGCCUACGAUGCGCCGCCGCGGCCGGGAACAUGCUGGGCAUGUACGUGACGGACAGGUUCUCCCUCCGGUCCUCCCGCGUGCAGGACGGGAUGGGGCUCUACACGGCCCACGGCGUGAGAAAGGGUGAAAAGUUUGGACCCUUUGCUGGAGAGAAGAGAAUGCCUGAAGAUCUGGAUGAAAAUAUGGAUUACAGGCUGAUGUGGGAGGUGCGCGGGAGCAAGGGGGAGGUGCUGUACGUCCUGGACGCCACUGACCCGCGCCACUCCAACUGGCUCCGGCUCCUGCACGAGGCGCCCUCCCAGGAGCAGAAGAACUUGGCCGCCAUUCAGAGGUUUCAUCACAGACAACUGGGUCUCCCAUCUCCACCUCGCUUGGUGAUGACGGUUGAAGUUGGUUUAUUCUGGGGUCUUCUCUGGCAACACAUGAAAUUCCAGUAUGAAAGAGCUAGAAGGUCUGACUUGAAUUAUUUGAGAGGAAGUGAAACUGAGCGGUUCCUGGCUGUGACCAGACGCCGUUCCCCACGACCUGCAGGUCGCGCUGGCCGGGGAGAGGACUGCGCCUGCCUGCACUGCGAGUCGAGCUUCGCCAGCGAGGACAUCCUGGCCGAGCACCUGCAGACGCUGCACCAGAAGCCCACGGAGGAGAAGGAAUUCAAGUGCAAAAACUGUGGGAAGAAAUUCCCCGUUAAGCAGGCUUUGCAGAGACAUGUUCUUCAGUGCACAGCGAAAAGCAGUCUGAAGAAUUCCUCGCGAGGUUUUCAGUGCUCUGUUUGCAAUUCCUCCUUCAGCUCAGCAUUGAGCUUUGAGCAGCAUCAGGGAACGUGCCGGGGUGAUGCCAGGUUCGUGUGCAAGGCCGGCAGCUGUGGGAAGAGGCUGAAGAGCAAGGAUGCCCUGAAAAGGCACCAGGAAAAUGUCCACACUGGAGAUCCUAAGAAAAAGCUCGUAUGUUCUGUGUGCAGUAAAAGGUGUUCGUCAGCAUCAAGCCUACAGGAACACAGAAAGAUUCACGAGAUAUUUGAUUGUCAAGAAUGUAUGAAGAAGUUUAUUUCAGGCAAUCAGCUGAAACGUCAUAUGAUCACGCACUCAGAAAAACGGCCCUACCAUUGCGAGAUUUGUGACAAGUCUUUCAAGCGGCUGGACCAGGUGGGUGCCCACAAGGUGAUACACAGCGAAGACAAACCUUACAAGUGCAAGCUCUGUGGAAAGGGCUUUGCCCACAGAAAUGUUUACAAGAAUCACAAGAAGACCCACUCUGAGGACAGACCAUUCCAGUGCGAGGAGUGCAAGGCUUUGUUCCGGACCCCGUUUUCUUUGCAGGGACACCUACUGAUACAUAACAGUGAGAGGACUUUCAAGUGUCAUCACUGCGAUGCUACCUUUAAAAGGAAGGAUACGUUAAAUGUUCACGUCCAAGUGGUCCACGAAAGACACAAGAAGUACAGGUGUGAGCUCUGUAAUAAGGCGUUUGUCACACCGUCAGUGCUUAGAAGUCAUAAGAAAACUCGUACGGGAGAAAAGGAGAAAGUCUGCCCGAAGUUCGCCAGCAGUGGGACCCUGAGGGUCCAUAUCCGCAGCCACACAGGCGAGUGUCCCUACCAGUGCCCCUACUGUUAAAAAGGAUUCAGUAAGAACGACGGGCUGAAGAUGCACAUCCGCACCCACACCAGGGUAAGGCUCUCGUUCAUGCCGAUCAGGUAA